AUGGGCGGUGGCUGGCGGUGGUGGCCGGUGGCCGUUUUCCGUGGACGCUCGUUCGUGUACGUCGUGUGGUCGGCUUCGCGUGUUGUCAUCAUUGUGCUUGCGUGUCGUCGUGCUCGCGUUUCGUCGUCGUCGUCGCAUUUCGUCAUUGUCGUCGCAUUUCGUCGUCGUCGCAUUUCGUCGUCGUCGCAUUUCGUUGUGCUCGCGUGUUGUCGUCGUGCUCACGUGUCGUCGUUGUCGCCGUCCUCAUGUGUUGGUGUCGUCGUCCUCAUGUGUCGUGCAUGGGUGGUUGCUGGCGUCGUGCCUGUCAUGGUGAGAACGGAGGAAUGGGGUGGUGGGGCAUACGUACCCCUUGCCCAUGACGUUGCCACUUCAUGGGUGUUGUCCCUCGUCCUUGGUCCAUCGUUCCAUGCUGGGGGUGUCGUUGUCGUUAGCGUGGGCAUCGUUCCACUGGACUGGGACUGGACUCAGGAAAGUGGCUGGCAGUCCAGUGGGAGUCCAGUGGACUGGACUGGACUGGACUGGACUGGACUCCAGUGGACUGGGCAUUCUGCCAGCCAAUCUGGCCUGGUAAGAGGGCCACUGGAAUCCACUGGAAUCCACUGGAGUCCACUGGAGUCCACUGGAGUCCAUAUGGAUUACGUGGGGGAGGGUAAAGACCUCAUUAGGUUAACUAACUGUUAA